AUGGACAGCAAAGUCCGUCGUAAUGGUCGUCUUAUCGACAUAGUAGACGAAGAGUGGAGAGCAGAGGUUCUACCUCAUGAGGAGAUUGAAGUACCAUCUGAGGAACUACCAGACCCCGAGGCCGAUAGCGCAGACUCUCAUCUCACCUUGAAAGAGCAAAGUCUUAGAUGGCAAGAAAACUUCCCAGAACCAGCUCAUGUAGAACAAAACUAG